UUUCCGCAUUGGCUUCGGCCGAGCUGUCACUGCGGGAGAAUGAAUAACGCGAAAUGUAGCUCAUCGUGUGAGAAAACCAGGAGACGCACACGGAUUAUACAAUGCAUCUACGUGGUGGGCUUCAUGGACUUGUUUGGGGUCAGCAUGAUCAUCCCGCUGUUGAGCCAUCAUGUGAAGGCUCUGGGAGCCAGUCCCACUGCGGCUGGUAUUGUAGGAUCUACAUAUGGGAUCUUGCAGCUGUUCUCCAGCACAAUAGUUGGCAGCUGGAGUGAUGUGGUGGGACGGCGGUACUCUCUGCUGACCUGCCUGCUGCUCAGUGCACUAGGCUACGGCCUGCUCGGGAUGUCCACCAGCAUCGCCCUGUUUGUCCUGGCACGGAUACCUGUGGGGCUGUUCAAGCACUCCCUGUCCAUCUGCAGGGCCCUGCUGUCUGACCUGGUGUCUGAGUCAGAGCGCCCUCUGGUGAUGGGACACUUUAAUGCAGCCUCGAGCGUGGGCUUCAUCCUGGGCCCAGUGGUGGGGGGCUACCUCACAGAGCACGAGGGGGGCUUCUAUACCUCUUCCUUCACCUGCGCAGCCAUCUUCCUCCUCAAUGCAGGGUUAGUGUGGAUGCUACCAUGGAGCGAGACACUACUUCAUCGUACUGACACUAAUUCCAACAACAGGGCUAGUAAAGUCUGCCAUGACAAUAACCUUAACAAUGCUGCAUACAAAUGCUCCCAUGAAAACAACCACCACCCAGUGUCAGCAGCAGAUACAGGACCAAAACCUCAAGUGAAGCACCAUGGAGGUCUCAGGUGGAUGGAGGUAUCUCCACUCCAGCCUGCCUGGAGACAGCUGUCCUCGGUGGGCACGAAGAUCCACAUGGUGGCCUCCUCUGACAUGUGGGACCUCUUCCUGGUGCGUCUUCUCAUGGCCAUAGCCAUCAUGCUGUACUACAGUAACUUCUCUCUGGCCAUGGAAGAGCGUUUCUCACUCAAGCCCAAGGUGACGGGCUAUCUGAUCAGCUACAGUAGCACCCUAGGGGCCCUGGCUGGGUUUCUGGUGGGGCCGGUCACCCAGCUGUACGGGAAAAACAUGCCUGCCCUGCUGCUUCACUCCACAGUGCUGACCUGUUCACUCAUCUUCCUGUACGCUGCUGCCCCCAGUGUCUGGCAGGUGCUGCUCAGCUCCACUUUCUUUGCCAUCUCCACCACGAUUGGUCGGACCUGCAUCACAGACCUGGAGCUGCAGAGGGGAGGGGUCCAGGCAAGCGGGACUCUGAUUGGAGCCGGGCAGUCUGUUACAGCCGUAGGUCGGGUACUGGCCCCUCUCCUCUCUGGUCUGACCCAAGAGUUCAGUCCCUGUGGCCCCGCCAGUCUGGGAGUGGUCCUGGCUCUAGCUGCUGUAGGUUUACUGCUCAUAAGGAUCCCCAAGUGGGACGGGAGGGGAAUGGCGAAAAUGGCCAAACUCUGAAAACACAGUGAGUGAAUGAAUGAGAGGGUGAAUAAAUGUUAGAGAAUGCCAAUGCAAAGCCACCAGUCACAGAACAAGAAGUGCUCCUGUUUUUGGCCGGACAGCUGUGGGGAUCAGCAACAGCUAAAACAACUCAAGAGUGUUUUAUUGACAGGAUGCCUUCGCCGACCUCAUCUGUAGAUGUUUUUUGAGGUGACAUCACAGGGUCAAAAGUGCUGGUCACCACUGGUGAUCCUUCAGGGAGAGUGGAUUCAGGAACUUGAAACACAGCGUUGGCAGCACUGAACAAUCAGAUCUGCUUCCCUUUGUGAAGAGGUUUGGUCAGACAUUAAUGUAUGGGUCAUGUGUUCCUGGCACUACAUGUGUCUUGAGACAGUAGUAUUAGAUGCAAUGCAGACUUUGUUUUUUAGUCUGUAAACCACUACACAGUCCAAAGUCCCUCGGUUUACUAUACUGAUGAUGCACUACAUGUCCCAGAAUACACCACUUCUCCACUUCUUUAUCUAGUUCAUCUUAACACAGAAAGAGGAAGGGAGUCCUCCUUUUACUGUACAUCCAAGAAAGCAAUUCCUUAGGCACUCACAGAUAGAUUAAACUGUAGUGCCCUCUGAGGGGAAAUGGGACCUAGUUAUUACUAUUUAAAUUAUCUUGUGAUAGUUUUGGAGAUGCCAGUAUGACGUCAUUCUUGUUCAAUACCACUCACUUCUCCCACUACACUACUUCAGCAAUGGUUCUCAUUGUGGUAUAUGAGCAAAUGUUUACUUUAGUUUAUUACUUUUAGAUUUUAACAGGUAUACUGAUAUUCAGACUUGCUUAUUAAUUUAUAUUAGGGAGGGUUUAAGUAGACAUUGUUAUUUUGUAAUUAAGAGUCAAUUGUAUUCUGAGGUACUAUACUGCUGUUCAAAGGCCCAAAUACCACUGAACUGUGACAGAUUCCUGCAAAAAAAAAAAAAAAAAAAAAAAAAACAAUGAAUAAAAAUCUUUUUUCUA